CCCCGACCAGCUCAGGCCUCCCGGAAGCGCCUCGCCCCCCGUGCCCUCUACUGAGGAAUGGGAUGGAGAGGGUAUCCAGACACCUGUCCAGCCAAUACGCACGGAGCCAAAUGGCCCGAGGGCCCUCCUCCUUCUCUCGCGAGACAGAGGGUCAUAUAAGGAGGUCUGGGGGAGAAGUGCUCUGCCCCUUUUGGAUCGUGGUGGUGGGACAGAGAAGGGGGUCAGGGCUUCUAGCUGGGGGGGAAGGUUAGGGAGUAGUUCCCGAGAGACUGUGGGUGCGACGACUACUUCCAUCAUGAGUGACCAAGCGCUGAGCUUCCUGAAAGACUUUCUGGCAGGUGGCAUCGCCGCUGCGGUUUCCAAGACUGCAGUCGCUCCCAUCGAGAGGGUCAAACUGCUUCUGCAGGUCCAACAUGCCAGCAAACAAAUUAAAGCAGAGCAGCAGUACAAAGGCAUAAUUGACUGCGUGGUGAGAAUCCCCAAGGAGCAAGGCUUCCUCUCCUUCUGGAGGGGUAACCUGGCCAAUGUCAUUCGUUACUUCCCCACCCAAGCCCUUAAUUUUGCCUUCAAGGACAAAUACAAGCAGAUCUUCUUGGGGGGUGUGGAUCGGCAUAAACAGUUCUGGCGUUACUUUGCUGGCAACCUUGCUUCUGGUGGAGCAGCUGGGGCCACUUCCCUCUGCUUCGUCUACCCACUGGACUUUGCUCGGACCAGGCUGGCUGCUGAUGUGGGCAAAGGUGCCGCCCAACGGGAGUUCGGUGGCCUAGGCGACUGUCUUACCAAGAUCUUCAAGUCUGAUGGCCUGAGGGGCCUCUACCAAGGCUUCAAUGUGUCUGUCCAGGGCAUCAUCAUCUACAGGGCGGCCUACUUUGGGAUCUAUGAUACAGCCAAGGGAAUGUUGCCUGACCCCAAGCACGUGCACAUUGUAGUAAGCUGGAUGAUUGCCCAGACUGUCACUGCAGUGGCAGGAUUGGUGUCCUAUCCCUUCGAUACUGUCCGUCGGAGGAUGAUGAUGCAGUCUGGUCGGAAAGGGGCUGAUAUUAUGUAUACUGGAACAAUUGACUGCUGGAGGAAGAUUGCAAAAGAUGAAGGAUCCAAAGCUUUCUUCAAAGGUGCCUGGUCCAAUGUAUUGAGAGGCAUGGGCGGUGCUUUUGUAUUAGUGUUGUAUGAUGAGAUAAAAAAAUACGUCUAAUUCAAUUAAAACUCUUAAGUUCAUUGGUCCCAGAUCCAUUUUCUGAUGUUAUCCGUGGUUUAGUAGACAUUUCUUAGGAAAUCUGACAACGCCAAUAUGGGAUAAUGCCCAAACUGACAAGGAUAUUACAGUAUAAACAUGUUUUAAUCCGCUGGACCACAAAUGAAUUUUGCAUUAUACAGAUUUAAAGUAUACUAGCAAAUAUAAGGUAACAUUUAUUUCUAUGCUUCUACAAUUAAUUUGAGAAAUGGUGAUGAUGACCUCAUGUGAACCCUCAAUAAAUAUUACUUAAGGCUCA